CUGGAGUGCAAACUCACUGUUGUCUUAGCAGGAAGAGAAGGCUGCAAUGGACCCAGCUGUGGCCCUGGUGCUCUGUCUCUCCUGUUUGCUUCUCCUUUCCCUCUGGAGACAGAGCUCUGGGAGAGGGAAGCUCCCACCUGGCCCGACUCCUCUCCCUAUUAUUGGAAAUAUACUACAGUUGGAUAUUAAGGACAUCAGCAAAUCUUUAACAAAUCUCUCAAAAGCCUAUGGCCCUGUGUUCACUGUGUAUUUGGGCAUGAUGCCCGCUGUGGUGUUGCAUGGAUAUGAAGCAGUGAAGGAAGCCCUGAUUGAUCAUGGAGAGGAGUUUUCUGGAAGAGGCAGUUUCCCAUUGGUUGAAAGAGCUAAUAGAGGAUAUGGUGUCGUUUUCAGCAAUGGAAAUAGGUGGAAGGAGAUACGGCGCUUCUCCCUCAUGACCCUGCGGAAUUUUGGGAUGGGCAAGAGGAGCAUUGAGGAACGUGUCCAAGAGGAGGCCUGCUGCCUUGUGGAGGAGUUGAGAAAAACCAAGGGUGAGUGACUCUCAUUCAGUGUCACUGCCCUUAAAAGACUGCUGUGUUCUUUGAACACAUUCAGGGGCAGCCUGAUCUUUCGUCAUGACUCCUGGUUGUCAGCCUUCAAGUGGAUGAUGUUAGAGGCAGAGAGCCCAGGGAGCUUGUGUGUGUCUGUCCUGUGUGUACAGGCAUGAUUGUGCAUACGGCACUGGCAUAAAAGGUCAUUUAAUCCUGUCAUCUCUCAAACAUUGUUUCUUUGUUUUCAAAUCAGAAAUC